UCUCUGUUUCUCUCAUAUACAUUGUCACAUAAAGAGCAUCAACUCUUUCAUUCGCUGAUUCACUUGCAACAGAGAAUUAAUAGUUUUAUCAGUAAUUUCGCAUUAAAAACCCAAUAAAUAAAGAAGAAACAAAAAAUCAACAACAACAACUAGCCGACCCUCUCAAAAAUAUAAUUUUGUUUGAUCUUGUUUUUCCUACAUUGCCUCCUUUUUUUGCUUGGAUAAAAAAUUUUAACAAAACGGAUCCUACACAGCAGCUUGACACUGUUGAGGUAGAGCCCGACGAAAAUACCCCUCUGAUGAUGGAAGGCCAUGUCGGUGCCCCUCAAAUAAGUUGUAAUAACUCCAUAACUGGAGGCGCCAGUCAUGUGCGACAACAGAGGCGCAAGGUGGAACAACUAAAUAAUUAUGGUACAGCUGCAGAGGCAAAUCGAGAUCAAACAGAUGCGGCCAUUUUGGAUGUCCCCGGUGUGGAGAUAAGAAGUCGCGGCGGCGGCCAUCGUGACGGAGAUGAAAAUCCCAAUGAUGGAGAACCGGGACCUUCAAGUGAAGCACACCCCCCAACAGUGGAAGAAGAGGAACAAGUUUUAAAAUAUGGAGCCCAGCAUGUCAUCAAGAUUUUUGCACCUGUUUCACUGUGCAUGCUUGUGGUGGUGGCCACAAUAAAUUCCAUUACAUUUUACACCUACACGGAUACAUAUUUACUAUAUACCCCAUUCCAUGAACAAUCGGAUGAUAAGGGCACCAAAUUAUGGAACGCCCUGGCCAAUUCUUUGAUUUUGCUUUCCGUGGUUGUUGUAAUGACAAUUGUUUUAAUAGUCCUCUACAAGAAACGUUGCUAUAGAAUUAUUCAUGGCUGGUUAAUAUUGUCCUCGUUUAUGUUGCUGUUCAUCUUCAGCUAUCUGUAUUUGGAGGAAUUGCUACGGGCCUACAAUGUAGCCAUGGAUUAUCCAACUACUCUUCUAAUUUUAUGGAAUUUCGGUGUCAUGGGUAUGAUUGCUAUACAUUGGCAAAGUCCCCUGAAACUUCAGCAGGCUUAUUUGAUUUUUGUAUCGGCCCUAAUGGCCUUGGUGUUUAUUAAGUAUUUACCGGAAUGGACAGCAUGGGCUGUAUUGGCAGCCAUAUCCAUAUGGGAUUUAAUUGCCGUACUUACCCCUAAGGGGCCCUUACGUAUUCUCGUUGAGACUGCCCAGGAACGAAACGAACAAAUUUUCCCUGCCUUGAUUUAUUCCUCUACCAUUUUGUAUACCUUCAUGGGUACUACAGGAGGACCUCAACGCAAUAACAACUCCUCAGGUUCCAAUUCCCCAAAUUCACCGCAUACCUCCCAAACGAGCUCUACAUCUGUUUCUAGACAAACAGGUAACACAGCUACAAAUGCUGAAGGUAUGCCUCUAGUGACAUUUAAAAUGCGCGGAAACGAGGCAGCUGGUUUCACCGAGGAAUGGUCCUCAAAUCUAGAUGAGCGUGUUGCCAGACGCCAAAUUGAGGUGCAAGCAAGUACUUCGGACAGUGCCAAUCGUUCGACCAACUAUCGCACGGUAACGGCCCAGGAAGAUCGCCCACACUUGGGCAGUAACAUGACAGAGGCCCAAGAAGAGCGUGGCAUAAAACUGGGCUUGGGAGAUUUCAUAUUCUAUUCGGUGUUGGUAGGAAAAGCUUCAUCAUACGGCGAUUGGGCUACUACAAUUGCUUGUUUUGUGGCAAUUCUGGUGGGUCUUUGUUUAACCCUGGUGUUGUUGGCAAUUUGGCGCAAGGCCCUGCCAGCUUUACCCAUUUCCAUUUUCUUCGGUCUCUUCUUUUGCUUAAUUACAAGUGUCAUAGUUAAGCCCUUUAUGGAAGAACUCUCGGAUCAACAGGUUUUCAUAUGAAGCCUUACACAUGACAAUAGUGUAAAGCAUAAAAAGACAAACUAAUCUCGUUUUGUUAAGUAUUUAAAGUGGCAAAAUGCUUUUUUUACUCCUCAUACUCCUUAUACCCAUAUAGCUAAGUAUAUUAAAUAUUGGACUGUUCAUUUCAAUGUAAUAAUGAAAACUAAUUUAAUUUAA